AUUAUCAUUAAUAAUUAAUAAACAAAAAAUGAAAAAUAUUUUUUUUCUUUUAGGAUUUAAGCAUUUUAUUAAAAGGUUUUUGUCGAUUAUUAAAUAAUCCACUUAUACAAACUUAUUUACCUGGUUCUUGUAAAAAAAUUGGAUUUUAUCAAGAAUUAUUAAUUUUAUUUUGGAAAUUUUGUGAUCGAAAUAAGAAAUUUUUAUAUUAUGUUUUAAAAUCUGGUGAAAUACUUGAUAUAAUUGUACCAAUACUUUAUUUUCUCAAUGAUGCUCGUUCGGAUACAUCUAAAAUUGGUUUAAUGCAUAUUGGUAUAUUUAUUUUACUUUUACUUAGUGGUGAAAGAAAUUUUGGUGUACGAUUAAAUAAACCUUAUAUCACACGAAUACCAAUGAAUAUACCAAUAUUUACUGGAACUCAUGCCGAUCUAUUGAUUAUUGUUUUUCAUAAAAUAAUUGUUUCAGCACAUCAACGUUUACAACCAUUAUAUGAUUGUUUAUUAACAAUUAUUGUUAAUAUUUCACCAUAUCUUAAAAGUUUAUCAAUGGUAUCAAGUAAUAAAUUAAUUCAUUUACUUGAAGCAUUUAGUACUCCAUGGUUUCUUUUUGCUGCAUCGGAUAACCAUAAUCUUGUUUUUUUUCUUCUUGAAGCAUUUAAUAAUCUUAUUCAAUAUCAAUUUGAUGGCAAUGCUAAUCUUAUUUAUUCAAUAAUUCGUAAACGACAAAUCUUUUUUACUUUAAGUAAUUUACCUAGUGAUACACAAACAAUAUCGAAAUUUGGUAUAAAAUCUAUUAAUUCAACUUCAUCAUCAUUAAAAAACUCAAGUCCAAAUAAAUCAGAAAGAAAACAAACAAUUUUUCGAACAAAUUCAAAAUCAAAUACAGAUGAUGAAUCAAUAAUAAAUAGAGAAAUUUCACAACAAUCAACAAUAGAAACAAUAAAUGAUCCAAUGAUAACAACUUUAGCAGAAACACCAUGUAAGAAU